CAGACCAUUGAGACGCAGGCGCCAUGGAGGUCUGCGACUCUGGGCCAGACCAGUUCUAGGCGGGCGCAACUGAACCGCUCCCCAGCACCGCUCCCCCUGCAGCCGCUCUAGCCCGCUGGGGGUAGAGAGGCCCUGCGGCGGCAGCGCGAGGCGGCCACAGGAGCCCUGGGCCGCCAUGGGUGCCCUGCAGAAGGCACAGGUCGUAGUCGCAGCGCUGGGUGCCGGGGCGGGCGUAGGGUACGCGCUCUUUGCGCUGGUGACCCCGGCGGAGCAGCAGAAGCAGGCGAUGCUGAAGGAGAUGCCAGAGCAACACCCGCAGCACAGGGACGAGGCGGCGCAUACCCAUCGGCUCGUGAUGGUUACGCUGCAGGAGGCCGCGGCCACGCAGGAGAACGUGGCGUGGAGGAAGAACUGGACACGUGGCGGCGGGGCAGUUUGAGAGCAGACACACCUGGUGGGAGACGCAGGACGCCUUCCAGAAUUGGAAUUAAGGACCCGCAAAGCAGCUGUGUAAGACCCGGACUCAAAAACCCAGUCCGUAUACCCGAGGCCUGCCUAUUCCCGUGUUGUCCCAUAGGUCCUGCAACCAUAUUUUUAAAAGAUUUUCAAAUGGGAA